AUAUUUAUAAACAUCAACACGUGCAAAAGCUGUCAAAGUCAAAUAAUUUAGAAAGUUGGAUUUGUUAAGAACUCUCUAUAAAAAUGAGCGGGUUAAUAGGUGCCGAUGAACAGAAUGUGAGAAAUAUGAAAGAUUUCCUGGAGUUAUAUAAUAAGCUGACAGAAAUGUGUUUUCAACGCUGUAUCACUAAUUUCAAUAACAGGGGUCUUUCAACGGAUGAGAAUUCUUGUGUUGGUGGUUGUGUGGACAGAUAUGUUAAGUUUAAUCAGCGUCUAAUGUUGACAUUCAUGGAAUUUCAAAAUGCAAAACAAGAGGCUACAGUGAAAGAAUUAGAGAAAGCUGCCGCUGAAGGAAGGACUCCAAACAUUCCUGGUAUAGCACAGGAAAUGGCUUCACAAGCUGGCACUACUCUACCUGUUUCAGGGAGUCCUCCAACUCAAGAUGUUCAAUCUUGAUUGAAAACUUAUCUGUGUGCUUGAAGCACUUGUGAUAAUCAAAGACUUUGACAGCAUAGUGUAGAUUGUGGCAGAAGCAGGUGCAUAUGUUAAUUCAUAAAGCCUAUACUAUGUAAGGGGAAAUACUCUUAAUAGCUUAAGAAAAAUAUGAAUCAUGGAUGGUCUCCCUUUGUACAGAAAAACUUGUGUACUGGUACUGUUUGCAUGGAUUUCAUAUACAUGAUAUUCAUAUAUUUGAACAAAUAAUUGGAUGGAUGACUUUUUUUUCUGAAUAAUCAUAGUGUUAAUCAAUUUAUGAUAAAUUAUGUUAUAUUAUAUGUUUAUUGUUUUUGAUACUAGAAUUGUUAUUUGCAGGAUCUUUGUGGAAGACCCUGCAAUAUGUCAACACAGUGUUUACACUGCUGACUAUUUAUAUAAAUGUAUAUAUUUUUGUCAUAGACUUUUCAUAAAUUAUGUGAUAGCUUUUACUUACUACAACUGACCUUGAAACAACUUCAUCAGUGCCAUAAACAGUCUGUGUAAAUUGGCAUGUUUUUCUACAUCUUUCUAUUUGACUUUGUUCAUAAAGGUCAUUUUAAUCAAAUUGGAUUUUAAUUUAAGAGAUACAGUUUUAUUGUAAUCCUAAAUCUACACUUAAUAUCAAGUGUGUUUGUUAUAGUGUAAUCAUAUUUUGUUUAUGAUUAAUCUUAUGUAAUUUAUUUUGUACUAUCAAUAUGUAAAUGAAGGUCUAUGAAAUAU